AUGGAGCGACUGCAGAAUGUGAUUCUCCAUGUGGCUACCUAUUCCCACAGCUCUGGUGGGACCCACCCAUCACAGUCCCACUCCACCCUGGGUGCCAGCUCUCUUCUUUCUCCAUCCCUGAUGCCACUGGUUGUGGAUAGGAAGAUGUGGGUUGGUCUCCUCUUAGUGCUUCUGUGGGAAGCCAAAAGCCAGCCAGCAUCGAGGCCAAACAUAGUCCUGUUGAUGGCAGAUGACCUUGGCAUUGGAGAUCUGGGGUGCUAUGGAAACCAGACGCUCAGGACCCCCAACAUUGACAGGCUGGCUGGUGCAGGAGUGAAACUCACACAGCACCUGGCCGCGUCACCCCUGUGCACGCCCAGCAGGGCAGCCUUCAUGACAGGCCGCUACCCCAUCCGCUUAGGAAUGGCCUCUCAUAGCCGAAUGGGAGUUUACCUGUUCACUGCUUCUUCUGGAGGACUUCCCACCAGUGAGGUGACAUUUGCCAGACUUAUGAGGGAACAGGGCUACGCAACAGCACUGAUCGGGAAGUGGCACCUUGGGAUAAACUGUUACAACACAACUGACUUUUGCCACCACCCUUUACGCCAUGGCUUCGAUUACUUCUAUGGGUUUCCUAUGACCAACUUGCGGGACUGCAAACCCGGGUCAGGCUCAGUCUUCUCCAAAGCCUACUGGAGGUUGGUGUUCUUCCCGUGGCAAAUCCUAGGGGUCACUGUGCUCACACUGGCCGUGCUCCGCUUCCUGAGGCUGAUCCAUGUGCCCAUUUGGGUCUUCAUUGCCCUCUUCCUCCUGGUGGGCCUGAUCGUCUCCCCGUUCCUGUGUUUCUUUCACUAUUUCCGGCCCUUGAACUGCUUCCUGAUGCGGAACUAUGAGAUCAGGCAACAGCCUGUGUCCUUUGAAAACCUCACUCAGAGGAUGACACUGGAAGCCACCAGGUUCAUACGAAGGAAUACUGAAAAGCCCUUUCUCCUUUUCUUGUCCUAUCUCCAAGUGCACACGGCCCUCUUCUCUUCCAAGGACUUUGCCAACAAAAGUCGCCAUGGCCUUUACGGUGAUGCCGUGGAGGAGAUGGAUUGGAGUAUAGGGCAGGUUCUGAAUGUCCUGGAUGAGCUGGGACUGGCCGACAAUACCCUGGUCUACUUCACAUCAGACCAGGGAGCCCACGUUGAAGAGGUGACGAGCAAAGGAGAGAUGCAUGGAGGAAGCAACGGAAUUUAUAAAGGAGGAAAAGCAAACAAUUGGGAAGGAGGUAUUCGGAUACCAGGCAUCCUUCGAUGGCCAAGAGUGAUACAGACUGGCCUAGAGAUCGAUGAGCCAACAAGCAACAUGGACAUAUUUCCUACGGUAGUCAAACUUGCUGGAGCAUCACCACCCCAAGACAGGGUCAUAGACGGACGGGACCUGAUGCCCCUGCUACAAGGGAAAAGCCAUCGCUCCGCCCACGAGUUUCUCUUCCACUACUGCAAUGCCCACCUGAAUGCUGUGCGCUGGCACCCACUGCACAGCAAGUCCAUCUGGAAAACCUUUUACUUCACACCCAACUUCACUCCGGAGGGUGCCAAUGGGUGCUUUGCCACACAUGUGUGUUUAUGUUUUGGAAAGUACAUCACCCAUCACGACCCGCCUUUGCUGUUUGACCUUUCCAGUGAUCCACAGGAGACAAACCCGCUGACGCCGGCCACAGAGCCCCGUUACCAUGACAUCCUCCGAGCCAUGCAGGCAGCGGCAGACGACCACACCAGGAGCCUGCAGAAAGUCCCCAACCAGCUGUCUAUGUGGAACUUUUUCUGGAAACCGUGGCUCCAGCUCUGCUGCCCCUUGGCCUCCUCUUCACUGCCUUGUCAGUGCGACCGAGAAAAACAGGGUCAAAGCAUGAGCAAUUAGCCAUGAGCCACUCUGUGUCUGGAGACAGGAAGCACGCAUGUGGCUAGGUUCACCAUCUUCAUCACCGAUGCUGUGUCUUAUCUUGCUACCUUGGAAAUGUACCCAUUCCCUGUCCUAUCCCUGGAAGUUACGAACGGGACAUCCAUACUCACCCAGUUGGGGGAGGUUAGGGCUCGCUUCCAGGGCCUGCAGAACAGUGAUCAACGGAUGUCUUCCACAGCCAUGUUCUUUGGUCUUGGUGUCAGCAGAGUGGAUGUGACAUUCACUUCUUAUUGCAGACAAGACAGAGCAAGUUCAAGGAUGGCUUCAUCCAUCCUCCCACUGAGGGGAUAAGAUGUCAUUUCCUUGUUCUCUUCAAGUUGUCCUGGAACCUGAAAAACUAACCAGCACAGCUGCACAAAGGUGGUCACAUUCCCAGACCUUAGUAGAUGCUAAUGUAUUCAGCUUUAUAACAAAUGAAGGCUCAGCCUCUUUCCCAUUCAAAGAGGAUAGCACAUUCCAUUUGAUUAUAGGAAGUUAACUCAGUAUUAUUGUUAUUGCAACACAUAUUUUAAAUGCUUUUCACCAUGGAGAGAGAAGCACAGAUACACAGAUAUGCAUAUGUACAUAGUUUCUUUUCUUGAGAAGGUUAAGAUGGGUAGUGAAUCUCAGUGUUCAUUACUAUUUAAGUAAAAGCAAUGAAAGCUCCCCAAUAAAUUUGGGCAGUGAACCUAUGCCAAAUCUUUCAACCAAAGUAAGCCCAAGACAGAGCCCUCCUGAACUGAUUUCUAAUAUAUCACCCAUAGUACAUGCCACUCUCCUGUUUUGCUUUUUGGUGAGUGAGACUGGAAAUUACAAGGAAAUUGGAGGCUGCUACCUUCCCAGGAAUCGCUUGGAACAUAAUUCAGAAUUAUUAACAUGGAAACUGUAUGUUAUCUGGAGUCCACAUGGCAUGAAGCACAUGUCAGCCAUGAUUUAUCAGCAUGAAAGAGAUUAUCUUGACUUCCAGGUAUGAACCAAUGAGGAGAAUUCAGUAGGUAAUGUUGGUACCUUCCUGUGGUUUUUGUUUUUAGUCCCGGGAUGGAAGAACUUGACUUUGGGAUCAACCAUGAGACGUGUGAUUUUGUGUUAAUCCCACUUCUCCCAAACCUCAGUACUUUUGGGAAAAUCGGAACCAGGUCAUGUAGGAGAUAAAUGAGGUGAUAGAUUUCCAAGUCCGCCUGGGGUACCAUUUCUCCAGCCUUGGAACCAGAAGUGUGGUUACUUCUUUCACAUGGAAGUAUGGUUACUUCUUUGCACAUCCUCUCAGAAAAUGAUUAGAUGCCUUUAUGGACAAAUGGAAACAAGCCAGAGUUCAACAGAGUACCAGUCCUCUAUCAGUUUGGGGGAUGUGUGUGGUCAUCCUGUUUGCCCAGCAUGGACCAUGCAGGGAAAUGGGGUGAUAGAGGUCUCUUGGCUGAUUGGAGAGAUAUGGAUGCCUGUCUUGGGAUUUCUGAAAAUUGAUCAUAAUAUCAUGAAUUCCUCCACAAAAACGCCCCCCAGGAGUCCACAACAUUUCCCCCAGUAUCUCUUCUUUUAAUUUUUGCUUUUCUUUUUCUGGAAGAGAAACCAAAAAAAGAAAGAAACAGAAGAAAUGAUGCCAAUACCAUUGUGUCCCUGGAAUUUUUAAAACUGGAAAAUGAACCAGAUUUUUCCUGUUGACAUGCAUUUCUUACCCUGGAAAUUGUGCAAAAUAUGUUGUUUUGUUGCAGGAAGUAUUCUUAACCGAAGACUGGAUGGCGAUGUUGAUGGUGUUUGGAGAUUAUUCCUGAAAAGCAUCAAAGAAAUCUAUGACUUCUAAACUCAGACUUUAGGAUGUCAUUACUUACUGAAGAAAUCAGUGCAAGGGGACUUUUAGGACACUCUGAAGGGUGUGGGGAAGUCUGUUGGGGAUUCUGCAACUAGAAGCACUUUUAUAGGUGAUACUAUAGGCUUGUUUGGGUAUAGAAUUAGAUAUUUAAUGGUUGAGAUGUUAAGAGGGCAUGAAACACAACAUAUACCUCUCUCUGCAAAGGAACUGAGCUUAAAAGUGCCUCAGAAUAACUGAGACCACUAUUACAAUUCAGGGCAUUUCAGAGUCAUGUUGAUUUCCAAUAACCAUAGUGACCAUAGAUUUUGAACUUGUUACCAUCUCAAGGUUUUGCUUUGAAUGUAUAACAAGAGAUCUGAUUAUUUGGAAGGGGGAGGGAGCAGCCCAGGAGAGGUGUAAGAAAGCUUGAAGGCACAGAUACUGUUUGUUUUUGUAAUUUUGCAGAGCCUUUAAGGCAUGUUUCCAUAGUUUCAAAGCUCCCUAUUGAUAUCCUUUCUCCAGCUCUGUAUUCAAUUGUUACUGCAUUCUGAAACUUUGGGCGAGUUCUUCACAAAGAAAUUCAUAUUCCUCACGUUAUGUCAAUGCCAAAAGUUAAGCAAACAGCUCAGUCACGCAUACACUGGCAUUGUUUUUACCGGGUCAUUGGCAUUGCAAGAAAAACAAACUUGUAAGUGACAUAUCUAUGUAAGAGAGAACGUAAAAGAGGAAGCCAAUGUUUUAAACUUUCCUGGAGGACAUGCAAUAUAGAACGAGCAAAAAACAGUAAGUUUCAAAUAAAAAAAGUCACAUGCACACACUCACACAGGGAUAGUGUUUGGCCGAUUUCUCGAAAAUGCUGCUUUCAGAAUGAUUGCAUCAGAUGUAAGGAUCCUUAAUCACAUGCUAAUUCAAAGCUGAAUAAAAUGCUUCUUGCAAUUAAAAAGGUUGCCUCCAAAUUCUCUGCUUUCCUGUGUGACUCAGUUCUUUAACAUGCUGUGUGUGCACCCGUUUCCACCAGGAUGCUAAGCAAUGUGUUUAGCAGCGAUUAUCAAGUUCCUUCUUUGCUCAGAGAAGAGGUUGAAGUGUGCAAGAGAGUGUAAGAAAUGCCAUGCAAUUCACUGCGCAGAUUCCACAAAAACCUAAGACUGGAAAUUUCAUUUGAUUGGGCUAUUCCACUCCUAAGUAUUUACCUAAAAGAGGUCAACACUUCCUACUAAGGGA